AUGGCUAAAUCACUUAGAAGCCGUUGGAAGCGAAAAUGCAGAGCUAUAAAGCGCGAACGUUAUGCUGUGAAAGAAUUAGCGCGACUAAAGAAGAUGUUAGGCGUAAAAGAUGAAGAAAAACCAGAAACCACCACUGAUGAGGUUAUGGAAUCGGAUCAAGUAAUUUUUCUUGACGCUGGAGCCUUGAAGAAGGACGCAGAAAAGAAGAAUAAGAAAAAAAAGGAAAAGGAAAUUACUGAAGAGGCUGAUGAGGAUGUAGAAAUGAGUUCGGACGACGAAAAAGUGGUUGUUGAUGGCGAGGGCAAGAAGAGAGUAUUCAGCACGAAAACGCUUAAAGAUCAGAACGGGCAGUACCCAGUGUGGCUUCACAAGAGAAAAAUCGCGAAACUCAACAAAACUGGCAAGAAAAAUACUAAGAAACGAUCGAAAAAUAAGAAAAGGAAACGGUUAUAA